AUGGGUGGGGAGUCUAGCAAGCACUCCAACCCCCUGGCUCACGCCCGCAACCGGGAAAGGAAGCGGGGCGCUGCGCCCAAUGCCCUGGUGGGUCGCAGCUGUCACUCUGACUCUCUCAGCGAGCACACCGCCCGUUUGGGGCCCUCUUAUGGAGAUGUUCCGGGUUACAUUCCGCCGUCGCCGGUCCAGUGCGUCGCGUCGCCGAUCCCGCUGAGCGGCUCACUGGAUCCGUCGCUGACGUGGAUACUCGACACAGAGGCGGCACUGAUUGUAGAGUGGAACCGUAAUCUGCAGGGGGUUUCCGCUCCUAGUGCCGGGGCACGCGGGGUGCCGCGAGAGCGUGAGACAGCAGCAGAAGAAUCAACGCUGUCAUGGGCGAAGACAUCUCCAGGAAGUGGUGCGAGCACAGCUGCCUCCAACGCGACGGGGUUGACCUCGUCGCCCACAUUCCCGGCGCUCUCAGGAUGGCAGUCGCCGGCACAUGCAAAGUCUCCCUCUGGGCUGGCACCGACCUGCGACUCGGUGGACGUAACGACCGGGCGCAGCACAGGGAUGACUUUGCACGUCCCGACCACGUGGACACAGCAGAGUUCAUCACGCGCCACAGCUUCAACAAAGGCGCUGGACAGCCCGAAGAGUCCCAAGGCACUGCCGAAGCCGCUGAGCGACUCGGUAGAGGGGGCGUCACCGCUGGUUGUGUCGACGCUGCCGGUUGGCAUCGACUACUUCCGUGCCUUGCAAUCACGGUGGCUGGCCCAGGAGCAGCACUCGCUGCCGCCGGCGGCGGACGAGGAGGAUCUCAACGACUCAGUCAUCCUCGAGGCCGUUUCCGAGCCAAAUGGCGACGUUCUGAGCCCGCCUGUACCGCUAGGGUACAUGAUCGAUCUCUUCGUGCCGCAAUGGCGCUCCGAGGGGCUCUUCGAAGCGGCUGAGGACCACCAGGCACGCUAG